AUGCCAGAAGCAACCGAUGUACCCAAGGUGCCUGCCUUUAAUUUAACGGACCUAGACCGCAAACUCCUGUCUAUGAGCGACGAGGAGUUUGUAUACCACGACUGGGAAGACCUCAAAAGCAUCAUCGCACGAAAUGACCUCGGCGCCCUGAAGCGGAAGCCCUCCGAUCUGCGCCGAUACCUGGCCUGGACACAGGAGACCAAAGACCAAUAUGGUACGAUCAUGAACUACAUUUGCCAGCGGCGGUUACGGUGGGACUUGCCGAUAGCAACUGCCACUGCCUCCGCAGUUAUCGAACAAAGCGGGCCCCUGAGGGCCUUCAAGAACCCCCAGCCCUUUGCCGACCCGGAGGACUACAAGAUUCUCCGCAAUGACUGGCCUUAUGGGCUUGGCCCCGGUAUUUCACACCUCGUUGUCUGGUUGCGCACUCCCAUUCCUGUGCAAUCUGGUGAGGGUCAUUUGACCGAUGAAUCGCGUGAAUUGAUCAACAGCUUCGUGCGGAAGACUUUUGUUGAUCGCUUGGCUAAAGAUCCCCAGGCUUUCUCGGACCCUGACUCCCAUGUGCUGUGGUUUAAAAACUGGGUUGGUCUACAGAGUGUCCGGGAAUUGGAACAUGUCCAUAUCUUGGUCCGCGAUGUCCCUGAGGAUAUCUUGUUCGAAUGGUCGGGCGAGAAGGCUUAG